GUCCUUGACGCUCGAGGGCGGAGAGGUGGUUGCUAUGAUGGUUACCAGGGGAACAGAAAACUGUGAAACUGCAAGACUGAAGAGAAGCCGAGAGCCGAUUAUGUAAGUGGGCAGAAAGGUAAUUCACCAAGACCAGCUGAAAGAGUAAAGUAUGCCUGCAAAGAAAGCUAAGGAAUCUAAACCAGCUAAGGAACCACAAGCAAUCACCAAAGCCUGGGAGCCAGCGCUGCUGGCAGCUCCGAUUGAAGAGGACCACUGGAGGCCAGCUAUCUAUUUUGUAAUUGGUGAGAAGAUAGAGAAUGAGUUGUUCGUGGAUGCUUUGGCUGCAGCCAUUAAUGUGCCUCUGCGUAAGCUCUUCAGUAUCAUUUCAUGGGAAGGAACAAUGAAGCAGGUUGUUGAACUUGGAAACCCAAAGGGAAAGAGACCAAGUGAACUCCCCAUGUUUUAUGAGGUCACAGAAGUAGCGUGGGAAACGCUUGCUAAAGGGGAAGAGCUUUCAUUAAUACUGCUGUGUGAAAUUGUGAAGUUCCAGAUCCUGUGCAUCAAACAAAAAGACCUUCAAAAAAAAGGAAAUGAUACCAAAGCUUCAGUGGACGAGGAAGUAAUAGCAGCAAGUGCCAACAAGAAAAAAGCAGACAAAAAAACACCAGGCAAAGGAAAAGGCAAAGCAGAAAGAAAAUCUCCAGAACCACCAGUUAGCAGAAGGAAUACCAAGCUGUUAAAGCGAGGUGAAGUGGAAAUUAUAGACAGAUGCAUAAACGAUGAACCUGAUGAUGGUCCUCAACAUUACAUCAUAAUCCAAGGUUUCCAAAACCUUCAGUUUCUGCUCAUGUUGGGAAAACUAGGAAUUGAUAUUUCUGCUGUAAUAAUGAUCAGUUACGAAAAGGACGAAAGUUUCCUGAAACAGGAUGUUACUGAAUCUGAAAAGGAGCCUUCUGAGACACCUGAAGCUACAGCUGUUGAAGAGGAUAAUCAACAAAAGGAGGAAGCUGUCAAGGGCCUGGAGAAUUUUUGGAAGUACCUUGAGCCUGUUCUGAAUAGUGGAAAACCUGGAUCCAAACUAUUUGAUAUAGCCAGACUCCAGUACACAGUGAAAGAAGCCAUAUUACCACAAGAUUGGGAAAAUUAUGACAUGAAGCUGGAGUUUGGUGCAUUGAUAUUUGAAGAUAUUGCCUGCAUGAUUUACGAUUGUGAAGACUGGAAACGACAACAUCAGAAUUAUCUGCAAAAUAUUAAGCUGAUUACAGUGCCAGAAGCUUCAAAGGGUGAUGAGACACGUGCCAUUUCAUCCUCAUUUGACAGGAAGAAGUCUGCCUCGGCAGAAUUAACAUUUUCUUCAGAAAAAGGUACUUCUACUACACUGACAGAUAUGCGAUAUUAUAAUGAUCUGAUGAGUCUCGUGCCGCUGGAAUGCCUCUCUGUGCCUUUAAUAUUAUACUGUAUACUGGAGCAGGUAAUUGCAACAGAAGAAAGUCUAACUCCUCCAAGUGAACGUAUUCCAAUACCACGGCAAGAUGGACUGGACCAGAGCCUGAUAGAUUACAUGAUAUCCACUGUGCUUGGCCUUUCAAUGUCCGAAGAUGAGAAACAGAAAAUAAUUCAAGAGCUUAAAGAACCUUCACAGAAGCAAAUAUCGAAUUCAUCCAGACACGCAUCAUUCCAAGUUAGAGGCCAGAUAAUGACUGAAGAGUCUGAACAAAAGAAGUCACAUGAAGAGCUUAAACAGCCCUUGCUUCUUAAUCUCCAUGACACUUUGACAUGGCGGACGCAUCACUUGAAGAUACUACAAGGCUUUGACCCUGCCAAGGUUGAACAGGAAAUGAUGAAAAAACUGUCUUUAGAGAAGUUUCUUAAUUUUACUCAUCCUUCACCUGAAGUUGAUGCUAAACGUUUGGCGAGUAUCCAUGAGCUUAUGUACCAUUGCACCAAUGAAAAUAUGACAAGUUCUGAGGUGGAGAAAGCCUUCAAGCAGUUUGUAUUUGAGAGCAUAAAUCUUACGACAGUAAAAGAGAAUGGAGAACUGGAAAAGAAAAAAGACAUGCUGGCUGAAAGUCUUAAAUCAUCAUACAUACCAUGGGAUGACCCUGUCACAUUUGCAAAAGAAAUGAAACAUCUUAUUACUGUCAAGAAAACACAUAAACAAAGCAAUUCUGCUUCUGCAGAGAAUAUAUUCACCAACUUCUCAAAUGGUGAAGAAAGUUGCCCUUUUGGGUUUGAUAAUAACAAGUCAAAAGAAAACAGCAUGUCUGGAGAAAACAGCAUAGAACGAUCCUGUGCAGUGCGCUUUAAAGAUACUUCUGAAAUGGUUGACAAGGAAAUCAGAAGAUGUGGUUCAACAGAUGCUGAAGAUGAAAAGGAUAAAGCUGACAACAUAAAGAUUGAUAUAAAAUAUAUACAGAAAUUACAGCUCCGAUCGCUGAUGGAAUGGAGUUUUGCUGAGCAGCAUGAUCCAUUUGUUUUGAUACAGGUUCUUCAGGAGGCUGCCCCAUUUUAUAGGUGCUUGGAUACGUACUACUACAAACAGGACAACUCUGUACUAUUGGUCUUACAUAACCCCAUGAAUAAAAAGCGCCAGUGUAAUGAAUCCUGGGAAACUGCCCUUCACUCCAAUGUUGGGUUCAGAAAUUACUUGGAACAUGUUGCCUACACAAUUUCAGACUGGGUAGAUGCAGAGGAAGUUAAAUACCAAGCUGAACUGGCAGCAAAAGAACUGGAGCCUGAGAAAUUGCACAAGCCUCCAUCUGAAAUGUUUCCAGAAUCCAUAUCGUCAGAUUCUGACAAACAGAAAAAGGGAAAGCCUGCUUCUGCAAAUAAACCACACACAAGUGUUUCAAGGCGACCAACUAAAUCAGAAAUUGAAGAAGAUGAUGAGAAAAGUAAUGGAUCUUUCGUUCGAGAAGGAUCACUUAAAGCUUGGAAGAAAGACCAGGAGAAGAUGAAAGAGGAGGAACAAAGAAAGCAAGAUAAAAAAAGCAAGAAAGAGAGACCAAGUAGCAAAAAGAAGGAAGAAACUGUUCACCAAACAGACUCCAAAUCAAGAAGAUUAUCAAAGAAGCCAACGAAACAGGGAAGUCAAAUCAUCAAAGAAGAGCAAGAAACCAUUUUAGAGGCUGAACCAGAUAUUCAGGAAACAGCAGAGCCAACUGAGAAAUUCUACAAGUUUACUGGCUACAAUUUUGGAAAUGAUUUAAUUCGAGCCUCUGGUGAAGUCAAGUCUCUAUUCCCAUCUGAUGGAGGGCACAUUCAAGUGAAAACCGUACAGUUUUUGCAUGGUUCAACAAUUAUUCAGGUCUGUGUAAUGAAGGACAAGCAUCAAUUCUUCACCUACAUCAAAGAUCCCAUAAAAUAUUUAGAUUACAAUGAAGCAGUUUCAUCAGAAAAAGGAGGGUCUGCAAUAUCUGACACAGAGGAAGAAAGAGCACAAGUCUCCAUCAGCAAGUGUAGAUCUUUCUCUGCUGUCCUCGAUGAUGGAAUAACAAUAACACUCAACAAAUGUCCUCCUGAAAAAGAACAAAAAAAAGAUCAGGAAGAUCCAGCACUAGCUGGUAUUUUAAAUAUUCCAUCUAUUCAAGUCCUUGCACCAGCUCCUGUUUCCUCUCCACCAGUUACUGGUAAAUCGGAUAAGUCUGCCAAAAACAAAAAUUCACUUUCAGCAAAGGGCAAACCAAAGAAGGAACAUGGCUCAGUUCUUGCAUUAGAGGAUCCAGAGCAGUUAAAAGAAGAACAAAAGGUGGAAAUUGAAGAGUCUGAACGAACAGCCCCUUCAGAAGAUAUUCCAGAACAUUCAGCAUUUCUGAGUCUAAAUGCAUGUUCUCCAGAUGGAUUAUUGAUUACAUUUUUCACUGAGGAUUCUAUAGGUAUAAAAAAUGAAGAUCUGCCCGAAGAGAGGAUGUUGCUGCGCCAGAGUUAUCCUAUUAAAACUCAUGGCUCCCAACCCUGUGAGGCAGCACGGAAAUGGCCUGCCAUGCAGGAAGCAUCAAGAGUUAUUACACUCCAGGGUACUGUGAUAAAAUACAUGACGGAUGGAUCCACUGAGAUUCUGUUUGCUGAUGGAACUGUGAGCAAAAGUCCAGAUUCCGGACCUGUGUCCAUUCCCCCAUCAAAUAUAGUAACAAGCAACCAGUUUGAUUUUAUUGGUCAAGAAUCAAAGGAUGAAAAGGAACCAAAAAAAGUAAUCAGUGAAGAAGUGAAUAAGAAAGGAAAGCAUGGCCAUAGAGGAAAUUCCACUUCAAAUAUCAGUGAACCUUCUGUGAUUCAAAUGCAGCCAACAAACAUUGUAGCUGGUACUUGGAUAACUACAACACCAGAAGGUUUAAUAAUAGGAACAAAAGGUACAGAAAUGUUGGAUACAAGAUCCAUCUUUGUCUACAAAGCCACAGACCCAGGAACUGGAGAGAUGAUGAUUACAAGACAAGACAAAGUAGUAACUGUCUUUAGGAGUGACAGCACUAUAGUGGAACAUGCUGACGGAACCAGGAUUACAACCUUUUUUGAAGAUAUCCCAAAAACAGAUUAUGCAUUGCAAGAUGAAACUGAGAGAAUCUCCCGUAAUUUGACCAGGGACGUUAAAUAUAUAAAGGUGGAAUGUGUGGGGUUUGCCACUGUGGUAAUGAACUGGGAAGAAUACAUGUGUUGUGCAAUGUUUGGAAAUGGUACAACAAUCAUCGCCAAACCACUGGGGAUGUACCAGAUUUUCCCAGCAAGUUCUGGAUGCCUUUCAGUUGAUCAGGAUGGCUGUGCCUUGUACACAUCGGAAGCAAAUAAUGAUGUCAUAACACACCCUACUAUCAGCAACAUGGAGCUGCCGCCUGCUGCGUAUCUUAUGAAAAGUACAUCGCCAGCCAUUUGUGAAGUUAUGGAUCCUGAAGGAAAUCAUUUCCAGGUAAUGGUGGAUGGCAAUACAUUUACUUUCACUCAUGAUGGAAAUCAGGAGAAAGAGGAAGAAGAUGCUUUACUUCAAGAAUUCAUGAUUGAACAUGAGCCUGUCAUUUAUAAAAAACAUGCCCCAAGGUUUUUUAUUCUGCAUGCUGAUGGCUCAGGGACUGAACUACUUCGAUCUAGUGAUGUAGAAGAAUAUCUAUAUCGUGCAUACUAUUGUCCAACUACUGCCAUUCUAAAAGAACAGCUACCAGAAUUCCCAGCUGUCCUGGGUAUCACAUUUCUCCAGCCAUCCACUGAAGACAUUGGAUCACGCUGGUUAAUUAAAAAGGACAUAGACAACAUUAUCCCCCACAACCUUCGAUCAAGACAAUGGGACACAUUUCCUCAAAUAGAGUGCAAGAUCCCAGGACCACCUGUUGGCAUGCACCGUUUCACUCUGCAAACUGAGCAUGUCGACACUUCAUCUCCUCCAGUCUUAAAGUGUCCCUCUGUUCUAGAAGUCCGUCAGCUCUUUCAAUAUGAGCCCAUAAACCCAGAAAUACGGCAAAGAUUGCAGAAUUGUCUUAAGAAGUACAUCGAACGCAGUCUACAAAAGGAAGAAGAACAAAAUGAAAUGGCACUUAAAGAGCCACGGAAAGAAGAAGAGCUUCAGCACGCUGCUGAUCUGCUCAAACUAGUUCUGUCCUUCUCAGAUGAAGAAGUGUGUCAUACGGAAGAGAAAGAAGCAAACAAAGUUGAUGUGGCCUCAAUUUAUGAGGAUGCUGUAAGAUCCACUGCAAAGAGCACACCAGAGACAGAUAGCUGUGAUUGGUUGAAAGUAAACAUGGAGAGCAACAAAGACUGGCAACAGACAUCUCGGUGGCCACUAAGAUUAGAACAAUACAGGCAAGAGCUUGAUGAAGUAAAAGGAACCAAACUAGCUCUUAAGAACAUGAUUGUUCCAUCAUACUUUCAGUCUGAUGUGAGCAAGACCUUGGACUCAGCACAGGGGCUUGAAAUGGAUGAUUUAUCAGAGUCAUUACGAAUUAAUCAGAAGAUGAAGAUGCCAGAGUUUUUUAAGGAUUUGAUUUCAGCUUCCCCUAAUGCAGAUACAGAUAUUAGUACCCAGUCAACACAUCCAAUGCCAGAACACACAAGGACAGACACAGACAAAAGACCAGAUAACUUAACGCAGCAUGUAAUUUCUCCUUUUCAAUAUGCCACGGAAGAUGUUAGCAACAGGCCAGCAUAUCCAAUGCCAUUUCAUGGAACAGAGACAGAUACUUGCAACUUCCAAAGUUCAGACAAUACAAUCCAACAGGCAGCACUCUCUCAGUGUCAACAUUCACCUCCAGAUGAUUGUAAUAGGCUCCUUAAUCAGACCUGUACUCGUGAAACAGAGGCAAAAACAAUUUUUCCAAUGAGACCUUCUGUUCAACAGCCACAGACAAUGACAGCUUCAUGCCAUUCUACUCCACCAAAUUGCCUUGUACAAAGAGCUGAUGAGCAACCUUCUGAGAAGAUAUACAACUGUUGUUUCUUGCACAAACCGCUUUCCAUUCCUGUAGAUGUCUUGAAAGACAUUAGCUCAAAAAACCAAGUGGUGGAAUACAGACCUGAAGAGCUCCCAGCUGAUGGAAAUAACAUCAUAUUCAACAAAAGCCUGAUGAUUGAUGCUGCUAACCAGCCAAGGAGAGAGAAAAUAAAACUCCCAGCAGCCAUUUUAAGCUCAAAGCCAGGUUCACUACCAAAUCAGAAGUUUACUGUUAUUGAAGAACCAGUCAGAAGAAAAGUCAAUACAGUAUCAAUUGCUGCUCCCAUAGCAGGUGGUAUAUUAGCGAAACCAACUCGUGGCUUUGAACUGUUUCCAAGAAAGGUGAACUUUGGUGUCCUUCAAGAGGGUUUUACCUAUGCAUACACCGUCAAGCUGAAAAAUGUUGGAAUAGACACUUGCAGAUUUCGAGUGAAGCAGCCUCCACCUAGCACUGGACUCAGAGUGUGUUUUAAACCGGGACCUGUGGCAGCUGGGUUGGCGACUGAGUUGGAAAUUAUGCUUUAUGCCAUAGCGAUUGGCUUGGAAAGUACUGAAGGAGCAGGGCACGUUUGUCAUCACCUAGAAAUCCAGACUGAAGCAGAAGAAUUGUUCCUUCCCAUUAUCGCAACAGUUUUAACAGAAAGUGUUUACAAGAACAGACCAAAAGACUUUCCAGAAGGUGGAAAAGCUGCAGGAGUCCGUCUGAUCAGCACUGACCCUACCUCCCACAUGGACAUCAUAAGGCCUCGCAAACCACCAGCAGAAGGCUCAGUCAAUACCUUCCUCCUGUGUGAAUCUUAAAGCUCCAAACUAUCGUAAAACAGACAAUUCAGCUCUAGUCAAUUUUUCUUUAUUUUUGCAAGUUGCCAUUGAUUCAAACCAAGAAUUUAUGAUUUUGAUAAAAUAAUUUUCUUGUAAUAACAAAAAGUGCUUUUACAUCAAACUUUC